GGUUACUUUGAACUCUAUAUUUCAUGUUUUCUGACCUCCCCCGCCCCUCCUCCAAAGAACUGUAAUUAUAUUAGAGAAGCUGCAGGGGCUUUAAACAGUUCUUGCCAGUUCCUUUGCUUUUUGCUGCCUUUCCCUGCUCUGCUGUCCCCUUUGGAUCUGGGAAUUUUUAUUUUUAUUUAUAGGGUGUGUGGUUCUCGUGCUGAAGAUGCACUGUGAGGCAUGGCUAUUUUUGUUAGACGCUGAUACUUUAGUCUGAGCUGCAGGCAUUGCCUUGGGAAAGGCUUAGAUUGUGCUGGGGGGGCCAGGACUCUACAGAGAAGACAAGUUCAGAGAGGUACCAAAAGAAGAAACAGAAUAGGAAAAGAGGAGGACCUCCCACCUUUUAUUUCUGCAUUUCCUGAUAGAGUCAGUGACCCAGAAGUAUUAUCUAAGCUGCCGGUAUAACUUGACCUGUUUAGAAUAUCUCUUACGAUCGCUGCUAUGGCUGAGAUUACAACAGAAGGACAUAUGUCAACCACCACCACAGUGAUGGAUAACAACAAUGGAUCAGUUCUCACGCCACCAGUGAAAGUGGGAAAGAAGUCAGUUACAGAGGACAUAAUGACAACAUUCAGCUCGCCAGCAGCAUGGCUUCUUGUUGUUGCUCUGAUUGUUACCUGGUCAGCAGUAGCUAUUAUAAUGUUUGACUUGGUGGAUUACAAAACCUUUGCAGGAAGCUCUGUUAACAAGCUCAGCAAGGAGCCACUGAGAAUCAUACAUCAGACCAUGGAAGAAUCCACUGAUUGGCUUUAUGGUUUUAUUUCUUUACUGUCUGACAUCCUAUCGACUGAUGAUGAUGACAGUGAUGAAGGUGAAGUGGAACCUCCGUUGAAAAAGAAAGUUGAAAUUCAUCCUGUGACCAAAAAAAAAGAAAUUCAUAAAGGCAAGCCUGAUAGACAAGAAAAACUUGAAAAAACAGCACCAAAAGUAAUUCACAAAGAGAAACCUGAAAAACAAGAAAAGAUUGAACGGAAAGAACAACCAAAAGUGAUGUACAAAGACAAAUCUGAAAGACCAGAAAAACCUGAAAAGAAAGAAAAACCCAUAGAAGAGAAGAAAGCGAAGAGCUCCAAAGUUGAAGAAAAAGUUAAAAAGGAAGUGAAAGAUGGAAAAGCUGAAUCAAAGACAGCCGAAAAAGGCAAGCAGACAGAAGCAAAAGUAGAGGACAUUGGGUUAAUAAAGGCCAAACCGAAAGUGAAGGAGGAGAAAGCAGUGAAGGCUGAAACAAAAUCAGAAAAGAAAGGACAAAAGGAAACAGUGCCUCCUCAUCUACUUGCAGAACAAAAUCCAAGGAAGAAGCCUGCACCACUAGCUAUUGAAGAAGAAAAGACUCUUGCGAUAGCUAAGGAAGUGAAAAGAACAGAAGAGGAAAAGAGGAUAACCCAAGAGAAGAGAGCUAUUCCUGAAACUAAAAAGAAAGAAAAAGAAGAGGAAAAAAAGAAAUCCCCUGAGAAGACUAUCCCUGAAAUAAAAAAAGCAGAGUCAGUAAAAGAAAAGUCUUCACUUCCACCUAUAAAGAAAGAAGAGACAGCAAAAGCUCCUGCAAUCAAACCAGCCACUAUAAAAGUAGCAGCACCAGUUUCCAAGACACCAGCAGCAGCUAAAACAGCAGAAGAAUCACCCAAGAAGGAAAAGCUGGUGGAAACUGCCAAACCACUGAAGAAGGAAAUACCUGCAGUAGCUCUAAAAGUACCUGUAUCUGUGGAAAGUCAUAAGGUAAAAGAAACCGGACAAGCCAAAGAGCAAGUCAUUGUGGUUUCAGCUAAGAAAGCAGUACCUGAAAAGAAGGAAGAAAAAACAGCGAAGGCUGUGGAGCAAGAUAAACCAAAGCCGAAAGAAACAAAACCUGUAAAAGAGAAAGAAGUGAAACCUCCAGCUGCAACAAAGGAUAAAGAGCAUGUCAAAGAAAAGGAAGUAAAGCAUCCUGCAGCUUUAAAAGAUAAAGAGCAUGUAAAAGAAAAAACGGUGAAGACUCCAGAAGUUCCAAAGGACAAAGAGCCUGUUAAAAGAAAAGAAGUGAAGCCUCCAGCAGCCUUAAAGGAAAAGGAGCCUACAAAAGAAAAAGAAGUGAAGCCUCCAGUUCUUGUCAAAGAAAGAGGGGCCACAAGAAAACAAGCAGUGAAGCCUCCAGUUGUCAUCAAAGAAAAAGAACCUGAAGUUAAAAAAGAAGAAAAACCAGCAAAACCAGCUCCAGUGAAAAGUGAAGGUGAGAAGAAAGAACCUGAAGCCAAAAAAGAAGACAAGCCAGCAAAACCAGUGAUUUUAGAAGCCAAAAAGGUGAAAGAUGCUAAAGUAGUCCUUCAUCCUGCUGCUGAAGGCAAAAAAGUCGAGGCCAAACUACCAACUACAGUAGUGAAACCUCAUGAGCACAAGCAUGAGUCUAUUAAACAAGAAAAAGCUGUUUCCCAUGCCAAACCAGAGGAAAAAAUCAAACAAGAAAAGACAGCUCCCACUGAAAAAUCAGACGUACAGGUGGACUGCAAAGAGAAUGAAGCUGUCAGACAUGAAAAAGAAGUUCCACAAACAAAAUCAGCCAGAUCAAAAGUAACUGCAAAACCAGCAUCUGAAAUGACAGUAGCAGCCAAGAAAAAAACAGAAAAGGCUGCAAAGGAAAGAGAAGCAAAAACAGAGAAGAAACAUCCCAAAGAGGGAAAAGCCAAAGCAGUGCCAACAGUAAAAGAAAUUCUAAGACAGCACAACCUGACAACAGAGAAGAUUUCUAAAGCUGCAAAAACAGCAAAAGAAUAUGCAGAAAUAAUUUCCAUUAAAAAAGACAAAGCUCCAGUCCGCUUCUUCCAAUGUGUCUUCCUAGAUGGAUACAAUGGAUAUGGAUUACAAUUCCCCAUUACUCCAGCUCCCAGCCAUGAAAAGAGACCUGGUCAUUCAAAGACUUCAGGGCGGAAGUCAAAGACACCAGGACAGUAGAGACUCAUGUUAUCUGUGUAUUUUUGAGACUUCGCACUUUAUCCCUUCUACUGAGGUCCACAGUAACUACAAUGGUACUUGUUACUGUAGAAAUGUGAUCCAGUAGAUCUCAUGCACCUGGAAACGUUUUUUACUGUCUGGUGCUGAGGGAAAAGAGGUGGUGGAUGAACACUGUUCAUCCAAACAAUACUAAUAUUGUUCUUGAGGAAAGGCUGUGGUGUUGAAAUAGUGUUUGUCAGAUUGUGCAGUUUGUUUGUGCAUGUGCAUUUUCCUGCCUCUUCUGCUCUUCUUAUUUUUCCCCUACCUGUUCUGAAUUCAAGUACGUCUAUUUUCCAUGUAGUAAUUUUUAAAGAGCAAAAAAUACAAAUGCAAGGAUUAUUUCAAUAAGAUUAUUUUGCAAGAUUACCUGGAAUCCUAAAUCAUAUCCUGUCAAUGUUCAAUCAGAUCUCUGAUAUGGAAAAAACCUCAGUAAAUCUGAAAAUGUGCUCCAUGACUGGUGCUAUUUUUAUGUAUAAUUGACCAGUUUAGAAUGAAGCUCACAUCUUACCUUUUAAGCUGCUCAGUAUACUAUAGAAAGGUUCACUAUCCAAACUGUUAAUGAUGAGUAUUUACAUUUAAGUUGAAGGCAAGCAAUAAAAACUUGCUAUAUUUGCCCCUUAAGUAUAUAAAAAAUCAUAACACCUCAUUUUCCCUUUCCUUUUGAGAUCUGGGGAAGUGAGCCAAGGUGGGCCUGCCAAAAGAGAGGUGAAGCAAGGAGGUAUACUGUGAAGAUCUCAUGAGUGGGAAAGAAAUUCUUUUACUUCCUUUGUCUCUUCUUGGACAAAGUCAUUAUCAAGUCAGCACAGACUGCGGAUAGAUCAUGCUGGCCAAUCAUUUGUUAGAAAAAAGUCAGACAGGAAGCUAUAUCAUCAGACACUACUUGUGAAACAAAACCAAAUUUUCAAGUAAAAAUGCCAACAUGAUACAAUCUUGGAGCAAUCAGCAAAAAACAGGAUACGUGCAAGAAAUCUUGAUAGUUAAUUUUGCUAGAUAAGAUGGAAGGCCUCAUAAGCUAUUAUCUGGGCCUCUGUCAAAGUGCACUGUAUUGUCAGUUACUUUUAGGAUGGGUGCAGCAAGUAAACAUGCCAGUCCUCAACCAUCUUGUUUAUUUCUUCAGAUAGUGUGGAUUAGCUAUGUUAA